CGGACAUGUGGUGAUUCUACGAGUGCAUAUGGAUCCCGAGUGAAGAAAAAACCAUGAAUGGGUCUGUGUUUGACGACAGUUCCGGUUCGAGAACCGGCGGGACUGGAGCCGUUCUGGAAGGGUCGGCGUUACCCGGCGGCCCCUUGCACAUCCCAGCAAAGAGACCUUCCACAACGUUGGCCUCGUACCCGGGAUCCGCCCCAACGCCGGACUGUGUGGGAAACGAGACCCCACCAGGCCUGCGAACGGGGGCUCAAGGAUCGUGGGGACCGUAUCCUACCUCCACCGGUGGUAAUGCGGUGGAGUCUACGCCUACCCCCAACUCCUUCGAUCCGACCCAAUAUACCAAUCAGUCUCCCACCUAUUACGCCGCGGCGGAACGGAAACCCCCGGCGUUGACAUUCUGGCCACAGAAAUACGAGUACACCGGCGGAAGUGCAAGUGAUCCGACAGGAUGUGCGGGUUCGUUUGCACAGACUUGGUGCAAUUACUCGGCAGCUGCAGCGUACGCCAGAGGUGUGGAUGGACACGGUGCACCUAGCCAAGGUGUCGGGGUACCUACGUACCUCGGUGAUGACGGGAGAAGAGCCCUGGAAUCUGCUGCAGCCUAUACGCCCGAUGGAUAUUCACUCCGAGGUUACGGCACGGGGGCCGACGCCGUUCCUUCGGCUUAUCCUCCAGGGGCGUUGCCGGGCACGAACCCAUUGGAGUGGACGGGGAACGUGACGGUGAGAAAGAAGAGGAAGCCGUAUUCCAAAUACCAGACCUUGGAACUGGAGAAGGAGUUUCUCUUUAAUGCUUACGUGAGCAAGCAGAAGCGAUGGGAACUGGCUCGGAACUUGAAUCUGACUGAAAGGCAAGUGAAGAUCUGGUUCCAGAAUCGGCGGAUGAAGAAUAAGAAAAAUAGCCAGAGACAGGCACAACAACAGCAGCAGUCUGAUCAUGGACAUGCUGCUGGACACGGCCUCAAGCAGUGA